GCGGGCGCUGGCAGCGGGGCGCGGCCCGGCCGGUGGCGGGGCGGGGCCCGGGAGCAGCCGCCAUGUUGGCGGCGCCGCUGCGCUGCGCCCGCAGAGGCUGAGCUUUGUUGUGGUGGGCAGGGAAGCCCUGAGCCUGUUUGGUGUCGCAGGCACACACUUCUGACGGGGAUGGCAGCCAUGGCCACGCAGGGGACACCCGGCCCCCCCAGCCGCCCUCGUCACACCAACCGCCUGAUCAACGAAAAGUCCCCGUACCUCCUGCAGCACGCCCACAACCCCGUGGAUUGGUACCCUUGGGGUCAGGAAGCCUUUGAUAAAGCAAAGACAGAAAACAAGCUGAUAUUCCUGUCAGUUGGCUACUCCACCUGCCACUGGUGCCAUGUCAUGGAGGAGGAGUCCUUCAAGAACCAGGAGAUUGGGGAGAUCAUGAACGAGCACUUUGUGUGCAUCAAAGUGGAUCGUGAAGAGCGGCCAGAUGUGGACAAAGUGUACAUGACCUUUGUGCAGGCCACCAGUGGUGGAGGUGGUUGGCCCAUGAGUGUCUGGCUGACCCCAGACCUCAAACCCUUUGCUGGGGGGACGUAUUUCCCUCCUGAGGAUGGAGUGCAUCGUGUUGGUUUUCGGACUGUGCUGCUCCGGAUCGCAGAGCAGUGGAAGGAGAACAAAGAUGCCCUGUUGGAGAGCAGCCACAGGAUUCUGGAAGCAUUGCGACACACAUCAGAGAUCUGUGUUCAGGGCCAGGAGUCACCCCCGCCAGCCAAAGAGGUGAUGGACAUCUGUUUCCAGCAGCUCUCCAGAUCCUAUGAAGAGGAGUACGGUGGAUUUUCCAAAUCCCCCAAGUUCCCCACCCCAGUGAAUUUGAAUUUCCUGUUCACGUACUGGGCCCUGCACCAAACAACUCCAGAAGGUGCCCGGGCACUGCAGAUGGCUCUGCACACCCUCAAGAUGAUGGCCCAUGGGGGCAUCCAUGACCACAUUGGUCAGGGGUUUCACCGCUACUCCACGGACCAGCGCUGGCAUGUACCUCACUUUGAGAAGAUGCUCUAUGACCAGGGGCAGCUGGCAGCCAUGUACACCAAAGCCUUCCAGAUCUCUGGAGAUGAGUUCUUUGCUGAUGUUGUCCGAGACAUUCUACUCUACGUCUCGCGUGACCUGAGUGACCAGGCAGGAGGUUUCUAUAGUGCAGAAGAUGCAGAUUCCUACCCAACCAGCACAUCUAGAGAGAAGCGAGAAGGAGCUUUCUGUGUGUGGGCAGCUGAGGAGCUCCGGGCUCUCCUCCCUGACCCUGUCAAGGGGGCCACAGAGGGGACAACCUUGGGAGAUGUCUUCAUGCACCACUAUGGAGUGGAAGAGGCUGGCAACGUGGACCCCAUGAAGGACCCCCAUCAGGAGCUGAAGGGAAAGAACGUCCUCAUUGUGCGCGGCUCCCCGGAGCUGACAGCAGCCCGGUUCGGGCUGGAGCCAGGCCAGCUGAGUGCCCUGCUGCAGGAGUGCCAGCAGAGACUGUCCUCAGCCCGGGCACAGCGGCCACGGCCACACCUGGACACCAAGAUGCUGGCAGCGUGGAAUGGGCUGAUGAUCUCAGGCUUUGCCCAGGCUGGGGCUACCCUGGCCGAGCAGGGAUAUGUGAGCAGGGCUGCACAGGCAGCUGCCUUCCUGAGGACACACCUUUUUGACCCUGACAGCGGGAGGCUGCUGCGGAGCUGCUACCGGGGCGAGCACAACUCAGUGGAGCAGAGCACUGUGCCCAUCCAGGGCUUCCUGGAGGACUAUGUCUUUGUCAUCCAGGCACUCUUUGACCUAUAUGAAGCGUCACUGGAGCAGGACUGGCUGGAAUGGGCCCUUCAUCUCCAGCACAUGCAAGACAAGCUCUUCUGGGACCCUAAAGGCUUUGCUUAUUUCUCCACUGAGGCCAGCGAUCCCUCCCUGCUGCUGCGUCUCAAGGAUGACCAGGAUGGAGCAGAGCCCACCCCCAACUCUGUUGCUGUCACAAACCUGCUCCGAGCAGCUUGUUACUCCGGUCACACGGACUGGGUGGACAAAGCCAGCAAGAUCCUGGCUGCCUUCUCAGAGAGGCUGCAGAAGAUCCCAAUAACCCUCCCAGAGAUGGUCCGGGCCAACGCUGUCUUCCAUCACACCCUCAAACAGGUCGUCAUCUGUGGGGACCCCCAAGGAGAAGACACCAAAGAGAUGCUGCAGUGCAUCCGCUCUGUCUUCAGCCCAAACAAGGUGCUGAUGGUCGCAGACAGAGACAGCGCCGGGUUCCUCUACCGCCAGCUGCCUUUCCUUGCAUCCCUGGAGAGGAAGGAUGGGAAAGCCACUGCCUACAUCUGCAGCAACUUCACCUGCUCGCUGCCUGUCACCUCUGCUCAUGAGCUGCGUGGGAUGCUCAGCCCAUGAGCCUCUCAGUCCUGCUGCCUGUGGGAAGGGAAGAGUGGGACAGGCUGGUGUGGGGACAUGGGAGAACCCCAUAACAGACACAACUUGAGCACUAUCCCCGAUGUUCCUAGCAGUGCAGGGGGCUGUGCCCUUCCCCACCUGCAGUGGGUCGGGGUCUGCUUGCACUGUGGCUUCAGCAGUGUCUCAGCACAACUGACUGUGAUCCUGGGUCCUGGUUUUGGUAUGUCCAGGAGACACCCAUGGAGGAGCAUCUCCUGCCCCUGUGUGCAUGCUUGCUUCUCACCUCUUGUUGCUGAGGAAAAAGAAACCAAAUUAAAUAUAAAGCCCAGUGUGAAUGGAGGAGUCAGAUGGGAGAACUGUUAGGGUUCCUAUAGCAACCCAGGGUAACACUGUCAAAAGCACCUGGCUGACUUGGGAGUGAAGCACUCUUAAAAGUAUUGCUGGCUACAACAGCUGGUAUUUUUCCUUUACAGAGGACAUUGUAACAUACAUUAACUUAAUAUAUAGUGCAUGAAUAAAACCUGCUGAUUACCACUGA